CUGUGCUGGGGGUAUUGGGGCAGCUUUUAGCCCAGCCCAACCCCCUUGGGCAAACCCCUGUCAGUGCUGUCAUGUGAUACUAAUGAAUUCUCCCUUUUUCUUUCAGUCUGAUUGAAUUAGUAGCCCAGCAUGUGACUGAGGGCUGCAGGGACUCCAUCUCUGCCUCCACUUCUGCCUCCACCUCUGCCCAGUCAGACAAUGUAUAGUUAACUUGCCCUUUAGAGCUCACAAGCCAUGGCAUCCAACUCUGGGCACAGAGACUCUGGGCUUCUCCAUGGAACCAGGACCCGUUCCUAUGGCAGCCUAGUCCAGUCGCCCUAUUCACCGGCCCGGAUCCGCAAACUGGAGCACCAGGUCCAGCCCGGGGACACACUGCAGGGCUUGGCACUCAGAUACGGCGUCACGAUGGAGCAGAUCAAGCGAGCCAACAGGCUCUACACAAACGACUCCAUAUUCCUCAAGAAGUCCCUUUGCAUCCCGGUGCUGGCCGACCAAUUGCAUCUCUCCGACGACCAGAAUUCUCAGGACGGUUCAGGGGCCGAAGGGUCUCCCAUACAGCAGCAGCCGGAGAGGGGCGAGAAGCAGAAGAGCCGACACCAUGCUGCCCAGAAGGACGAGAUGUCGCCAUUGGACUUCAUGAGCAGGUUGGACACCAACAUCCGUGUUUCCAAGAGGGCGGCGGUGAAGAAACUCCGGGAAGGGGAGUCCUUCACCACGGAAGAUGAGCCUACGGCGGGCAGCGCCGGGGGUUAUCAGUCGCCCAACCGCACCCCUUCCAGCCAGUCUUCCCCGCAGACCCAGCAGCGCUCUCUCCUGGGCCCCGUGCCGCUCACCAUCACCACGCGGGCAUCCACCAUCAGAGAUCACGAGGACGAGAUAUUCAAACUCUGACCCCGCCCCCAGUGAAAAAAGUCUACGCUUCGUAUUUUUUAUUUUUUUUUAACAAAGGCAAAAAGUUUACAAGGAAGGCGAAAACGCUGUAAAAUGCAACGACUGGUACUACUGUGCGUGAGCCUCCGAACAAGCGCCCCAAGUGCCCGCCCCGGGUCUUUACGGUUCAGGGAGUGUGAUCUUUUUAUGUGUGUGUGUGUGAAUGGCGGAACUGGUUCGUUUAUUUAUUGCGAAUGUCCGAGACGCCGGGUUUAUUCCUAUAGAAUCAGUCACUGGAUUUGUUCCGCAGGGGGCGGAACUGGGGGCGUGAGCAGCUCCUUCUCCUGCCGGCCAAUGGGACGAGACGAUGGCCACGAUAUCGAAAGACAGCACUUUGCGGUUGCCCUUUAUCUGCGCUAUUAAAGGGCCGACUAUUUGUAAGAUAAAAGGCAUCCGUGUUUCCGUGUGUUCCGUGUUUCCAGUCUAAAAGGCAGAUGGGGCAUUAAUAUGCAUCUAAACUGCCCCACAGCGCCCUCUAGUUCUCUAAAGAAAAACUUAAUUACAGAUGCGAGAGAACUGACCAAUGAGAGAACUGUGUCAGCCAUCUUGCUUUUAUCUUACAUACAGUGAUUAUUCUGUUAUUCUGGCUUGAAAACUAGGCCGGAACUGGCAGAAGCCCAGUCAGGGGUCUAUAUAGGUCGAGGUUACUCCACACCGAGUUAGGCCCUGUUAGGUCAGAGCAUUUAGCUAGCUUCAAAAUCCAAGUCUCUGGUUACCCCCCUUACUUGCCCAUUGACAGGGUUGGACUGAGCCUGUGGGGCACCUGGGUAAACACAGUGGGCCCCACCCCCAUAGGCCCCACAGCCUCCACCGAUCCAGUCCUCAAUCUCCUCCUCCAUCAUGGCCACAAGGAGGCCAGGUUUCGGGGGCCCCCAGACAGUAUCCGGACACCCCAAUCCAACCAUGCCCAUUAAUAGCACCAGUAGGGGCCAAACAAAGACUCCAUAUGGAUAUACAGGGUACUAAAAGGAGCAACAUUUGCACGGGUCUAGUAACCAGUAGCAACCAAUUAGCUAUUGGUUUUUAAACAGUGGUCCAGCUGCCUGCUGAUUGCUAGAUCAGUAGAAAGCUUUGCAUCCUUCAUUGCAUUAUCCCUUUAGCACUGUUACAGAGCUUCUGUAUGAUACACAACAGAUAGCAACACAUAUAUAACAUUGUCAUAGAUUAUUAAUCACAAUUAAUCAAUUAAUGUCAUUUGUUACUGCUUACCUUGCUAUUCAGUCCAUCUACUAUUGUCCGUCUACUGUGAAUUCCAAACCGCUACCUGGUUGCUAGUAUAAUUAAGCCCUAGCUGGGAGCUGGACAAUAGAUAAUAAAUAUAAUUUAAACACUAUCAAUAAAAAAAAAAAAAAA